CUCAAGAUAUUGUGAAUGCCAUGAAUGAUGUUAAAACUACAAAAGUGUUGAUUCAGGAACUAAGAGAUAAUGGUUGGAACAAGCUUAAAGCUGAUGUGCUUUCAUUUUGUGGGAAACAUGGAGUUCCAACACCACAUUUCGAUGACCUCUAUGUGGAUUUCAUUAACUCACGUGCGGAUGAUGAGACUACAGUUGAGCAUAAUUAUCUGUGUGACGUUUUCAUGGUUGCCGUUGAUCAGCAAGCACAAGAGUUGAAUUGUAGAUUCAACAAACAAGCAACAGAGCUUCUAAUUCUAUGCACCUCCUUGGACCCUAGUAAUUCAUUCAGAUCAUUUAACAUUGAUAAUAUAUGUUCUCUAGCAUCAAAAUUCUAUCCAGCUGAUUUUGAAGAACAAGAAAGGAACAAUCUAAGGUGUCAGUUGCGACAUUAUGAAAAUGUUGUACCCACUAACCCAAAGUUUCAAAAUUUGACAAGUAUAUCAGAACUUUGUCAACAACUUGCAGCAACCGGGAAAUCGGAUGAAUAUCAUUUGAUUGAUAGACUGAUUCGACCUGUUCUUACUCUACCGGUUUCAACGGCAACGACAGAACGUGCAUUUUAAGACAAGGCUACGGACUAAAAUGGAAAAUGGAUUUCUAAGGGAUUGCCUCGUAAUUUAUAUUGAAAAGGAGAUUGCGGCUGGAAUAUCAACACAUCCAAUUAUUGAUGAGUUCGAUGAAUCGUCACGCCGAGUGCCAUUUACAUAAAACUAGUUAGUUCAUCUAUCUUUUGUUGUCUAGAUUUUUCUUUUGGGCGAUGACCAAUUUGAGAAGUGUACAUCCUUUUGCUGUCGACAAU